GAGCCGACCCUAACUCCGACGUCCCAAACCCGAGCCAGGAGAGGCGGUGGCCGGCGGGUGGCGACACGUCUCUGCUAGGAGGCGGAAGGCAGCAGCACGGCUGCAGUGAAUCAGGCGGCGCACGCAGCAGGUUUCUUUCGUUGUGACAUCUUUCUGCGUCUAGUUCAGUCACAAGGAAAAUGGCAAGCAGAGCAGGUGGCGACGGCAAAGAACCCAUAAAUGAGCAAGUAGUCGCAAAUACUUAUGCCAACAUGCGCACUGAAAUGAACCAACUCUACACCAAGAUCACGGAGCUUGAGAUGGAAGUGAGCGAGCACUCUCUCGUGAUUGGCGCAAUCGAGCCUCUGGACCCUACAAGACGAUGCUACAGAAUGAUCGGUGGAGUCCUGGUGGAGAGGACCAUCAAGGAAGUGCUGCCUGCGGUGCACCGCAACAAGGAGGGCCUUGAGGAGGUGGUCUCUCGCAUGAAGGAGGCGCUGGAGAAGAAAAAGAAGGAGAUCACCGAGUUUGAGCUCAAGUACAAGAUCAGGAUCCGGAAGGGCGACGGCAAUGCCGAGGAAGAUGUCACCAUGAAGGAAGCCUCUGCACAGGGUGUUCUUGUUGGCCCCGCAGGGGGGCAGUAGAGCAUAGUGGCAGUAGUUCUCUGUCAAAAUCAGAUUGCUCUUUUGCUGUAUGUCAACCGAUAUAGUCACACUGUGUUUCUGGGUGUGGUUAUCAUGCUACGCUGAAGUACUGUUGAAUCCUCGUGUGUAAAACUGAGAUUAUGCUAGUAGAGUAGAUCAGAGCUUUGCUGGUAACUGCAGAUUUUGCGAUGAUUGCAGAAUGACUUAUGUAUCUUUCUGUGGUUCUUCUUUUGUCGCGCUUCAGA